UCUGCUCUGUCCGUUAGGUGGUGGCAGGCAGUGGGAACCACUGCUCACAGUGAUCUGUCAUUUGUCCUUUAAGUUUAGCUACAUCCUCCCCAUUGAGUUUCAGACUGGUCCUGAAAGAGGUCUGCGCUGGGGGGUAAAUAUUGAGGAUGAAUGAACGGUUUAACGUAACGGACUCUCUAAGUGCGCUAUCUCUUACCCGCCAUCUCCACUGAGCAGUUUCCUGCCUAGCUGUGCUGUGUAUGGGAAUGCGCGAGGGAUGCGUGGCGCGGGAACAGUGGAGGAUAUUCUCGGCAGCUCUGCUAAUUGCUGUGAUUCAUGUCCCCUUUGAGUGCCUGUAACGAGUAGGCUAUAGCGAGAGGGAGAGAUUCAGAGAGCGAGAGAUAACUGUAUAUCCGCUCACAGGAAUCAAAUGUCUUGGCUGUGGAUCUAAGAAAUUAUACAGAUUAAACGGACAUUUUAUUAAAGACAAAGGAGCCUUCGCUUUUCAAAGUUUUUUCCUGGUGGUCUUUUUUUAAAUUCGGAUGCGGACGCUGUUCUAUUGCUUCCAACAAUGCGAUAAUGGAAUUGCGCGUGGCAGAAUGAUGACCAGCGGCGCUCGGGACAUAGGCUACUGUCAAAAUACUCACCUAUUUGUGUGACUGUGCUGCUCUAAGAGCUCCAGACAGUGAUCAGUCAUUUGUUUUGAAGUGGGAGAAAAUCUCCUCAGAUCCCGUCUCUUCACUAAAGAGAUGUUGCACUUGCACAGCGAUUCCAGGAAGAUUGACGUGCGCGCGGAGGGACCAUUCAAUCGCUGCCUCCACUCCAGACUCAGCCUGUUUUAACUCUUCGGUCAUCAACUUUUAGCAUCCCUUUUCUCCCGAACUCAUCACAUUAAGAUUUACAUGCGCAUCUUAAAGAGGUUCCUGUGAUCAGUGCUGAACUUGUUGAACACUUACAAAGACUGGACUGUGCACGGUGAAUUGAGGCAAACCUAAAAAUACCCUGGGUGCCGUUGCCGGGCGGAACAGAGACAUGAUUGACAUCAAACAAAGCUGAGCGGCCUGUCACUCAUCUCUCCAUCAGCGUGUCAAAAGGCUGCCUCCUCCAGGGGCUCUCGCUCUAGCUCUCUCCUCUCUCCUCCUCCCUCCAUCCUCUCCUUCUCUUCUUAUCUCCUCGACGGGCCAGUCACCCUGUAACUUCAGCGUGUCUUGACUCCCCUAUUCCCGCCCGCCCGGAGAGAGACCUGAAACGGAGUACGGUGAGGACUCCAGACCAAAACAAGUGGUGCCCCCUUCACCCUUCCAUCUCACACUCCUCCUCCCCCCCCUUCCCCCACCACCACCCCCCUCACCAAGCUGUUAACAGGAGGCUGGCAUGCUGCCACAGUUCCUUGGCUCCUCUCUCCGUAAAGGUUGGAUUAUUUCAUAAACUCAAAGGCCCAGGCCUUUCCCUCUGUCUCUCUGUGUCUCUGUUUCCGGAGAGAAGAAGGAGAGGGAUUUCCCAUUGAGAAAGCAACAGCCCUUUUCUAGAGGAGACCCAGAGUGUCUGAGAGGAAGCAGCAAUGCGUUUCCCUCUGGUGUUGUCACUGCAGGCGCUGUGGGCCAGUGUGUGCCAGGCCAUGCAGCACUACCCAGCCUGGGGACACUAUGAUGUGUGUAAAUCUCAAGUGUACACGGACGAAGGCCUCACCUGGGAUUACAUGGCCUGCCAACCUGAGGCCAUGGACAUGACCAAGUACCUGAAGGUUACGGUGGACCCACCCAACAUCACCUGUGGAGACCCACCUGAAACAUACUGCGCCCUGGAGAAUCCAUACAUGUGUAACAAUGAAUGCGAUGCCGAAAACGAGGACCUAGCCCACCCACCGGAGCUCAUGUUCGAUUUCGAGGGCCGCAACCCCACAACCUUCUGGCAGUCCAGUUCCUGGAAGAAGUACCCCAAGGCCCUCCUGGUCAACAUCACACUGUCGUGGAGCAAAACCAUUGAGCUGACCGACGACAUCGUGGUUACCUUUGAGUCGGGCCGCCCGGAACAGAUGGUUCUGGAGAAGUCUCUGGACUAUGGUAAGACCUGGCAACCCUACCAGUUCUAUGCCACAGACUGUCUGGAUGCUUUCACCAUGGAGGCCAAGACUGUCCAGGACCUGACCCAGCACACUCUCCUAGACAUCAUCUGCACCGAGGUAUACUCCAGGGGCUACGUGUGGAAGUAUGACAAGACGGUGCGCUUCGAGAUCAAGGACCGCUUUGCGCUGUUUGCUGGACCACGGCUCCACAACAUGGCAUCCCUCUAUGGUCAGUUAGACACCACCAAGAACCUGAGGGACUUCUUCACCAUUACAGACCUGAGGGUCCGGCUCCUCCGACCAGCCACAGGGGCCACCAUGGUAGACGAGAACAACCUGUCCAGAUACUUCUACGCCAUCUCCGACAUCAAGGUCCAGGGAAGGUGCAAGUGUAACCUUCACGCCAAUAGUUGUGUGUUUGACAAAGAGAUGCUAAAUUGUGAGUGUGAGCACAACACCACGGGGCCGGACUGUGGCCGCUGUAAGAGGAACUACCAGGGACGCACGUGGAGCGCAGGCUCCUAUCUACCCAUCCCCAAGGGCACGGCAAAUACCUGUAUCCCCAAUAGCAUUGGUCCAGUUAUUCGGCAGAAUGUCUCAUCCCUAGGUGUUGCUAACCGAAACCAAGUAGCUCCUCAAGUUGCUUUGUCAACUGUCCCUUCAGUUCAAGUUGCAAACAGCAAGCGAGACUGCGAAUGCUUCGGCCACUCCAACCGCUGCAGCUACAUCGAGCUGCUAAACUCCGUCAUUUGCGUGAGCUGUAAGCACAACACUAGGGGCCAGCACUGCCAGGAUUGCAAGCAGGGCUACUUCCGAAAUGCCUCUGCAGAGCUGGAAGAUGAGAAUGUGUGCAUAGACUGUAGUUGUAAUCCCUCUGGCUCAGACAGUGUUCGCUGUAAUGGCACAGGAUUUUGUAAAUGUAAGGAGGGAACUACAGGGGCUAAGUGUCGAGAUUGUCUGCCGGGAUAUUUGUGGGACAAUGGCUGCAAAUCCCGAGUGUGUGACAACGAGCUCCUGCACUGUCAGAACGGCGGUGUGUGUCUGAACAACCUGCGGUGCCAGUGUACCGCGGCAUUCACGGGCCUGCUGUGUGAGAAGCCCCGCUGUGAGUCGGAUCUGGGGGGCUGUGGUGGGCCCGACUCGGGCCAAGCCGCCCUCUCGUCUACACCACUCUCCACCCUGCUACUGCUCCUGCUUGGCUCGGCGCUGCUCAGAGAGGCCUCCUACAGGCCCACUCUGCUCUGAGAACCAGAGGCCUACACUGUCUACAUGGAACUGGUGGAGCGAACUACCCAAUUACCAACUACACUACAACAACAACCAGAACUACAACGACCAUGAGCUUAGUCUAUUGUACUGUACUGUACUAUACUGUACUGUACAGUACUGUACUGUAUGAGCUGUCCACUAGACACAGCAAGGACACACGCUGUCUAUAAGGGAAUGUGCCAGAUUGAAAGCAAAACUUUAAUUUGAGUUUAAAAAAUAAAAGUAUAUAUAGAAAUAAGAGUUUAAAAAAAUUAAAUAAAUAAAUAAAAAUAAAUACCAGAUAUUUAAAAAGAGUUUAACUUGAGCAUUUGCUUAAUAAAAAGUCAAACAAGUCAAACAACGGACACCAGUGACCUAAGCCAUACCAGAGACUUUUCCCCCUAACUGUCAAAAGGAGGGACUGGAGAUGACAGACACUUUGUUCACUUCCUCUCUUAUCGCCACGGCAAUGGCAGCUGCAACCAAUCAGCAGCAGCGAGCUCUAGCUAGCAAGGCCAGCAGCUGCUAGCUGCCCCUGUCCUAGGGUGCUUUGGGGUUUGAUGCUGGCUGGAUUGAACUGCUUCUGGGCUGAACUGACUGACUGACUGACUGACGCAGAACUCCAUAGAACUGUCCCUACCGCUGCUGAAGGGUGGACAGACAGGCUGUUUGAAAAAUGUAACGUAAAUAGAGAAAUCGAGGCGGAUGGAAAAUAAAAAAGGAAAUGUAAGCAUUCUUUGCUGUCAGUGCAUUGUGGAUAUAAGGAAAUCCAUCCGGACUGCCACAUUUUGACCUGCGUCAAAAAUCUUUCCCACGUCUCUCUCUCUCUCUCUCUCUUUCUUAUUCUGUUCUCUCGGUCUCCCUCGCUCCCUCUCUGUCUGUCUCUC